AUGAUGAAGGCGGGGAAAGCGGGCGGGGGGGGUGAUGUUCGGGAUCGUUCCUAUUUUGCUGAGGCAGCGAACUCUACCAUCCCUGCUUUUAGGUGUGCUUUUAUCAACAAUCAGAACAGAACGACCUGUGAGCAGUGCGGUCGAAAUAAACCUAGAGCGAAGGGAAAGGUCGGCCAGGAAAUUGGAAAGGAGGCGGCUGAGAAGAGCAAAGGAUUGUUCGCCGCCGAGGACUGGGCGUGUUCCAAGUGCGGUAAUAUAAACUGGGCUCGAAGGGUUCAGUGUAACAUAUGCAACGCGCCGAAAUUUGGUGAGGUGGAGGCUCGCACCGGCUACGGCGGUGGAUAUAUGGAUCGCCAGGAAGUAGAAUAUGUAAAGCGCGAGGAAUCUGAUGAAGAGUUUGACGAAGUAGGAUUCUUGUUCGAUUGA